AUGUCCACGAAUCCUUUCCGCCAGACUAACCCGCUGAAAGAUCAGCUUACAAGGUCCGGAAAAUCACGACGAGUUGUGUUAGAUGGCGGCAGACUAUUGAACACUGCCUCAGAACUGUCUCUCGAUACAAAGAUCCCGCCAAGUUCUCUUGACCGUCAUGUGAGCUUCGCUUCACCACCUGUCGAUUCAACAAUACCGGCAGCUUCCUAUCCCUCGUCUCCUGAGUCGACGCGCUCACCUCCGUGGCAGAGCUCUCAGCCUGCUACUCCCAACUAUCGCGCGGCCUUUCAACAUGACCCGUUCGAAGAUCUGGGCCGUGCGAUAGAGGAUCGAACCAUUGAAGAGGCCAGGAGCAACGCGCAAGGCAACACCAGGGGGAGCACGAUAGCCUAUCAAGAUCCCGUGAGAGAUACUCUUAGUCGGUUUGCGGCAGCUCCUCCGCAUCUUCAUCCUCAAUCCAGCAUUGCAGCACACACGCAGCCAGGCCUAGCUGGUCGACAGUCACUCGAUGUCGAUGCUUUCAAGAGGCUUCUCUUAACGGGCGAACGUGGAACAGUGACUGACUCUACUGCGACACAAAGCACUUAUGUUCUAAAUGAUAACAGCUCAAGUACAGAUACAAUUUCUAUAUCACAAUCAUCGACAGCAGAAUCUUCUAGCCGUGACACUGAUGGAACACCAACGUUGUCUCCAGGCCACGAUCGCAGCAGCUCUCACGUCCCACGGAACGAGAUCGGCACCUCCACUUCGGCCCAGAGAGUACCUCCUCCCGCUCCUGCCCCUCGUCGAGCGAAGUCCGUCAAAUCGAAACCCGGGGUUGUCAUGAAUAGUCCUGCUACGUCCUCGGAGCCGUCAGAAGUAAUAGACACACAAGAAGCAGCUUUCAAGAGACCUCCGACUCCUCCCCUGUCGCGCCAUCACAGCCAGCAGGUAUCAGCCUUCCAUACCAGCGAAGCAAUAGAUAUUCCUACGAACCUUGAUAGACAUACCGAGCAUCAAGGCGUUAACCAGAGAGCUCCUCCUCCUCCACUUCCUCCUGGGAGACGGCAGCAAUCAUCCAUACAGAGGACGCCAUCAGACGAUACGACACCUACAUACGGAAACGAAGUAGAGACAGCCGCAUCCUUGAGCAGUCGGAGGUCUUCUUACGAUAGCCCACUACCUCCUGUAUCCCGCAAUUCUUCCAUUUCUACGAAGCGACAAAGUCUAGGAUUGACCAAUACUCCUCCUAUACCUCCACCACGUAGAGGUCGAGGCUCGAGCAGGACUAGUAUGGACAGCUUCAGACCGUCUCCGUCCGAUGUUAUGAGUAAAGAUGCUGAUGUAGAGAACAGCCUAUCGAGAACUGGCACGACGCAGCCUAAUGUUAAGGAUCGGAGCAAUUUGACAUCGUUAAAUGCUUCUAGCAUUCUGUCCGAACUCGCCAAUUUACAGAAGGAAGUCGAUGCAGCUCGUCGUGGCAGUGGCAGAUAG